AUCAAAGGCAUAAUUAAUCAACGAACAGCUAUUGCUCGUGUGCACUACCAUCUGGGCUAGGCAAAACUACUGUCAUUACCAACACCUAGACACUAGAAUUCGCAAACAAGAGUGUAAAGGCAGGAGGAUGGACGCCCCACCCCCAAGGAAACCCGGUAUCAAGCUAAAGAUCCCAGCGGGUAACGUCCCGAGCAGCUAUAACGCUUACCCUGGACAACCUCAAGACGAAGAUGCAGGAGGGUGGAGUUUACGACCUCCUCCUAUACCUCCCCGACCUGGUCAGAACCCCAGUACUUCGUCUUUAUCUACCACGGACAGAUCAGUGGCCCCUUCUACUCCAUCCGCAUCCUGCUCCUCAUCGGCUUACCCAGCAGUGAUGGCGACCCCCCCUCCCCGCCGCCCGAUCCUCAACGCAAACUCGUCCAACGCAUCAUCGACGAGCGUACCCAAACUCUCACUCGUCACUUCCCGUUCUUCCCCUGCCCCACCCCUUUCACUGAACACCUCCUCGACAUCAGCAUCAACAACAGCAUCAGGGUCGGCACUCAGGGCCGAGGCAGGGGCGGGAGCAACAGCGACCCCGGGCAAGAAACCCGGUCUGAGCCUGAGUCUGAGCAUCCCCACGCCCGGUUCAAAACCAGGUUCUGCGGGUCCUAGUCAUCCUUCCCCUGUAUACGACGAAUUCGGAGGGGUACAGACCGCUUAUCACGGAGGUCUUCGGACGCCUACUACCACUCGCGCUCGGAAUGGGGAUGGUGGGUACGAUACCACAGCGACGGGGCAGACGACUAUCGGUCAGAGGACCGGUAAUGAGUCUAGUUAUGGUUAUGGUUAUGGGGAAGAAGAUGAAGGGCAGAAGACGAUCAAGGGGAUGACGGCGGAUCUGAAGAACGCGCUGAGUUUGAUGAGGAUCACGCCUACCCCUACUCCUGGAGGGUCGGCUAGAGGCAGUUUGGACGGUGGAGACGGUACCAUAGACGGAGGGCAGGAAGGGUACGCAGGGUCUGAGGGGGGCAGCAGCGGAGUUGGAACUGGACCCGGGCUGGGGAGGAGUACGAGCCGCGGGUCCGCAUCUGCGGGGAAUGCGGGACUCGUCAAGGCGGGUAGGGACGCUGUCGAGGACGAGCUGGAUCCGAGAAACUACGAGACCUUGAUGAGACUCGGAGAGGGGGCAGGUGGAGCCGUUGAAAAGGUCAAAGAUAAGAGGACGGGCAAGAUCUUGGCCAUGAAGGUUAUUACGACCUCGCCCAAUCCGGCCAUCCACAAACAACUCUUGAGAGAGCUUCAAUUCCUCAACGAAUGUCAAUCCCCUUACGUCGUCGAGCACUACGGCUCUUUCCUGACCAGCUCGGAUACGUGUAUCGGGAUCCUGAUGGAAUUCUGCGAAGCCGGCUCGCUCGACACGCUCGUCCGUAAGAUCACCCGCAGAGGGGGGCGGACGAGCGAAAAGGUCCUGGGCAAGAUUGCCGAGGCCGUCUUGGGCGGGCUAGACUACUUGCACGAGAGGAGGAUCAUCCAUCGGGAUAUCAAGCCGAGCAACAUUCUGGUCACCAAGGCGGGGCAGGUCAAGUUGUGCGAUUUCGGCGUGAGCGGAGAGUUGGUGGACAGUUUUGCCGGGACGUUUACGGGAACGUCAUUUUAUAUGGCUCCCGAACGUAUUCAGGGUCUCUCUUACUCGAUCAAGUCGGACAUCUGGUCGCUCGGUUUGACCUUGCACGAGGUCGCGCACAACCGGUUCCCCUUUCCUCCCGAGGGCGAGCCGCCGCUAGGUGGACCGAUCGAGUUGUUGAAUUUCAUCGUCGCCCAGCCUGUGCCCCGGUUGAUCGAUUCGCCCGAGCAAAAGAUCGUGUGGACCGACGGAGCGCAGGACUUUUUGGCUCAAUGCCUUAUCCGAUCGGCCAACGAGAGACCAUACCCUCGAGAUCUGCUGAAACACCCCUGGAUCCUCGAGAGCUCGAAACGAAACGUCAACCUGGCCAAGUGGGUCACGGCGAUCCACGGGUGGUGAUCCUCUCGCCCCUUCUUGCACGAUACCCUACCACGAUUCCCGAACGCACCUGCAUACAUACAUGAUAGACGACGAACACUUAAUUUAUGACGAUCGCGAUACCGAUACAACUAUACUUAGAUAUACAUGUCAACUUUGCCAACAUUUUUCAUCAUAGAGACAAGUCGUUUUUUCCCUUGAUCGCAAACAAACAGUGCCUACCAGUGAUCUCUCUUUCUACUCAGC